AUGCACUCCUACGUUAGAAUAAGUUUGCUUUUGUUGGUGAAAUUAGCAUUAUGUGUAUUGGGUGAUAAUCCGUGUGUCUAUAUUGGUACACAGGGUAUAAUCAAUUUGACACUGGUCGGCGACAGUCAUGGUGAACCAGCAUUCAAAGAUUAUGGUCAAAGUGGAAUGCCAGAUUAUUAUCGAUAUUCGUAUAAUCCGUGCUAUUCAUUUAAUGAACUCAAUUGUAUAAAUUCAGCCGGAUGUCAAGUCGCAAAAGACAAAUCAUACUCAUUGACUAUUGGUACUCAGAACAGCACGAGUUGGAUAGUAUCAGCAAGUGGUGCAGCAAGUCUAGUAUAUAAAGCGGGACCAAAGACUAUGAUUGUUGAUUUACAAUGUGUUGAUGGUCCCAACCAACUGAUAGUUAAUGGUGAAAAAACUAUUAAUGAAUAUCAUAUGACAUUACAAAGCAAAUGUGCCUGCUGGAAUGGAUGUUUACCUCCGAAACCUGUAUCCAAUGCUUGUUUUUAUAUUCAUCCUCAAUUGGGAACAAUCAAUUUAACAUCUAUUGGGAAGACGAAUGGUAAACCUCGAUUUAAAGAUAUAAAAUCAACACUAUUGAGUAGUUCUCUCUGGUCAUAUAAUCCAUGUUUUCAAUUUACUGAAUACAAUUGUCAAAAUGCAGCUGCAUGUCAAAUUGAUCGAAAAUCAAAACUUGCUAAUAUUAUUGGUGAACAAGACAAUGUUCAAUGGGAAAAUAUAUACACAAAUCCAACAAUUAUUUAUCACACAGCCAAUCGGCAACGUUCAUUAUCAGUAGAACUAAUUUGUAAUGAUAACAAAGAUGCUUCGAAUGAUUUAGAAGUGAUUGGUGAAAUAUCAGGAAAUGAAUUUUAUAUGAAAUUGAGAAGUAAAUGCGCCUGCUGGAAUGGAUGUCCUUCGAACAAACCAUCAUCUAGUAAAUUUCCAUUAAUUGUGUGUGGUAUUGGUAUCAUAGCAAUUAUUUUUUUUGUCAGUCUAAUAAGCUGUCUAAUUUGGUCAAAACCUCAUUCUACACUUACCAGAAUAACAAAACGAUAUAUUAUUGAUGAAAAAGCACCGAUACUCAUCAAUGAUGCUAAAUUAAUUAAACAUUAA